GUCCGUUACAACCUUCCGAGGGGUCCAACUCUACUACCUCAUCUUUCUUCCUCCUUCUUUUCCUCUACUUUUCAACUCACCACUUCCAUCUAUCAUAUAUUCGUCGCCAUGGCGCAAAUUCGUGGCACUGCCGGUUACAACCUCGGCCACCAGAACCCCUUUGGCGGUCCUGGCCGAGCAGAGGCAACGAGCGACCCGAGUCCUUUGGAUGCUAUUCGGGAGCAGACUAGCAAGAUUGAGGAUUGGCUCGACACAAUGGCCGAUCCGGUUAAGCCAUAUCUCCCAGCCAUUGGUCGGUUUUUGAUCGUGGUUACCUUUCUCGAAGACAGCCUGCGUAUGAUCACGCAAUGGAACGACCAACUGCUGUACCUGCGUGAUUACCGGAAAAUACCAUGGGGAAUCACGCAUACUUUCCUUCUCGUCAACAUGAUCGCCAUGUCGGUUUGCUCGGUUUUGGUCAUCGCCCGCAAGCACACUGAGUUUGCCGUCGCGGGUUUGUUGGCCGUCGUUAUCACCCAGGGUCUCGGAUACGGAUUGAUUUUCGACCUCAACUUCUUCCUGCGCAACCUGAGUGUGAUCGGUGGUUUGCUCAUGGUGCUUUCUGACUCGUGGGUGCGCAAGAAGUUCGUCCCUGCCGGUCUGCCCCAGCUGGAUGAGAAGGACCGCAAGAUGUACGUCCAGUUCGCUGGUCGCGUCCUGCUCAUCUUCCUCUUCAUCGGGUUCGUCUUCUCGGGCCAGUGGAGCAUGUGGCGCGUGCUGGUCAGCUUGUUCGGCUUCGUCGCCUGUGUGAUGGUCAUUGUGGGAUUCAAGGCCAAGUGGAGCGCUAUCAUUCUGGUUGUGUUGUUGAGCGUCUUCAACGUGCUGGUCAACAACUUCUGGACUCUUCACCCUCACCACCCUCACAAGGACUUCGCCAAGUACGACUUCUUCCAGAUCCUGUCUAUUGUCGGUGGACUCCUGCUUCUGGUCAACAUGGGCCCCGGUCAGCUGAGCAUGGACGAGAAGAAGAAGGUCUAUUAAACGACGGAACGACGAAGACCAACGACGUCGACGACUGCGCUGCCGUUCGAAUCCGGCUACGUGCGCGCUUGUAUGAGGCGAGGGCUCUCCCGGGCCUUGGAGACGACCCUCAGCUUAUACGAAUUGCUUUCCCUUCUCUCUUCCAAUAGCUCCUUUGAUUGUUCUUGGAAAAGAAACACCCAGUCCCAGUCCCCUUAGCUCUGCCCCUCGAAUACCACUACCAUGAUCUCGCCAGUCAACAGAUAAACCAACCUCAGAAUCAAUAAACAGC